CUUGAUCAUAACAAUAAAAAGAAGACAAUACUAGAGAAAGAAAAAGAGAUCUAAAGAGUAAAAAAUGUCUUAUGGCCAAGAAGAGACGAUAUCUUAUGGCGGAGAGGAAGAGCUAUUAAUAUCUAGCAAAGUAUCUGGUCAAGAAGAAGAAAUAUGUCGUUUGUCUCAUCCAUCUCAUCCUCACACCCUCUCCCGUCGAUAUGGUGAACACCCUCCGUCUGGUUGUUUUGCAAGCUCAGACUCCACAUUCAUAAGGCAUUCUCUUUAUUUCUAUUUUUUCUGUACCACAUGUGAUCUAGAGUUCGAUCAGUAUUGCUACUUGCGGCCAAGGAAGAUGACACACCCUUAUCACCCACAACAUCCUCUCAUUUUCAGUGUUCAAGACCGUCAAACCGGCAUCAUACAUGAUUCCGAUAUACAUUCCUACGACGUAUCAUCAAUAAUACCUGAGGAUAGUUCUAUUCUUGGUAACUGCAAUUGGUGUGGAAAUGAUUUAAGAAGUUUUGACUUUUUCUAUCGAUGUUCUAUCUGUAACUUUUCUUUGGAUUCUAGUUGUUCCCAAAGCUUUCCACUUCCUACCAUCUCAAAUCCAAAAAGCCAUCACCAUUCACUAAUUUUCCUUCCUCGACCUCUUUUGUUUCCAUGUGAUGCUUGUGGGUUGGUAGAGCAAUGGAGACCAAGUUAUGCUUGUUUUCAAUGUAAUUACGUGGUCCACAAGGAUUGUAUAGACUUACCACGCGUCAUAAAAAUCACCCGUCACCCUCAUCGUCUUUUUUACACUCCUUUUCUUUCACCCUCAACUUCAUCGUUGUGUCGUCUUUGCUACGAGACAGUUGAUAUCAACUAUGGCCAGUAUACGUGCAAUCAUGAUGAUUGCUCUUUUGUAGUCCAUUCCAAGUGUGCAACACAUAAAAAUGUAUGGGAUGGGAGAGAACUCGAAUGGGAACCUGAAGAGUUUGACGAAACCGAAGAUGUUGCACCAUUCAAAAAAGUUGGUGAUGAUUUGAUUAAGUACUUUUGUCAUGAUCAUCAUCUGAAGCUUGAGAAGUAUGACCGUGUUCGAGACAUGGAUAAGCAAUGUCAAGCGUGUGUCCUUCAUGUCGACUCUCGCCAUUUCUACAACUGCUUUCAAUGUGAUUAUGUUCUCCAUGAGGUAUGUGCCAAUCUUCCUCGGAAACUAGAUCAUGGAUUGCAUAAUCACCCUCUUUUCCUAGACCCGGUUCCACUAAACGCAUGGGAUUCCUCAAAUUGUUCAGUUUGCGAGCGAGUGACCGUUGGUUUUGUGUACAAGUGCUCCAAAAAGAGAUGUACGCGUAUUUACCAGCAAAAAAGGUUCCAGGUAGAUGUUAGAUGCAUCUUAGUUCCUGAUUGUUUCACCCACAAAAGUCAUGAACAUCCCUUAUUCCUCCCUAUCCAUAACUAUGAUACGAGACUAUGUAAUGGUUGCAAUCACACAGGCUCAACCUCGUCAUACUAUCUACAGUGUACUCUAUGCAAAGUUUUUCUAUGUUAUGAGUGUGCCACCAUUCCAGAUAAGCUACACAACAAAUAUGAUGCAGUUCCUUUCUCCCUUUGUUACGGAGAAGUCUCAGAUCAAACAUACUGGUGUGAAGUCUGCGAGGGGAUACUAGAUCCAAGGGAAUGGUUCUACACAUGCAGCAAACCUUACAUCACUAUCCACCGCAGUUGUGUAUUUGGGUGGUCCGCUUAUAUGAUGCCAGGCUACACGUUGCUUUUCGGAAACUUGAGUAUAAAAGUUAUUUGCAACAGUAGUAACACUCGACUGAUGUGCCACAACUGUGACAACCGCUGCUCGAGUACUGUAUAUUUAAAGUUGUCUAAUGGGAUAGCUAUUUGUUCUUAUCAGUGUCUUCGAGAUUUUAAUUCUAAACUCGAUCGUAGCCCCAGAGCGCGAUAUAAUGUUGAACUAGUAAACUGGUACUUAGCUGCAUUAGCAGAUUGAAGCAGCAUGAAUCUCUUUGGUCUUAAUCUAAUUUUUACAUUUUAUUAAUAGACUGUUUUUGUUUUUUUAAUAAAAGACUAAUAAACUGUUGUGAAUUGCUGUCAUAUAAAGUUGUCACUGUUAUUUCAUAUAUGGACAGUCUGGAGACAUGUCUAUGGUCAGGAAACGGAUUUAUUGAGAUCGAAAGACUUCGAUAUCCUGGAUCAUCUCUGUGUUUGUGUUUAUUUCCUGUCAGUUCAAAC